AUACCGUGCCAUGAACGUCCAUGCCUCCUCAGUCGGCGUCUAGCUGGGAGAUAAACCUAGUCUCCCCCAGGCAGACUUAUAUACAGGUUUAUAGAGGGGAGGACGGACGACCCGUAUUAAGUCUUAUAACUCGAACAAUCCUUCUGUCUACUCAUUAUCCAAGAUGUCAACUCAUGAUAUUUCUGAGAUGCUGUCUAGUCAUGAUAUCGCCACAGUGACCAUUGCUGAGUGCUUCAACAACCUCGUGGAUGGUUCUCGACCCGACCUUACUCUGCGAAGGAGCAUGCCUUUUCCAAAUCAGGAAGACAUAAUGAAGCCUCAGACAUCGCCGGUACCCUUGCAGCCCGUGUCCGAUCGUCCUUCUGCUGGCAAACUUCAGGCGCAUUUGCUACUCGCUGAAACGCCUAUUGCGCAAGGUGAAUAUGGCAUCAUCUUGAAAGCGAACAUCGAAUUCUCGUCUUCUAGUCCUGAGCUUGCUCGAAUGAAGUUCCCACCGCUUGCCGUGAAAGUUUGUCGGCCAAGAAAGUACUACAAGAUUCCAAGAGAAGCAUUUUACUAUGAGUAUUUGGAGCCGCUGCAUGGCUCUGUCAUUCCUCGCUACUAUGGUCUUUUCCAGGUGACCAUCCCUGAGGGGGUCGCAUUCAAAUAUUGGCCUAUAGAAAAAAUCCGCCGUCCUGAUCCUUCCUGCGAAAUCUAUAAUGAGGAUUCAGACGAUGAAGAUCAUAUUGCCUACCCGCGUGUGCUUACGUUGCUGAUUUUGGAACGCCUGGGAGACCCUCCCUCACACCGGACUAAAAGUGAUGAUCUGAAGGGUCUGAAAUCACAGGCAUUGGACAUGUUGUCUGAGCUGUCCCAUUUCCACAUUAGGCACGGCGACAUUCAUUCUCGUAACAUCGUUAUGGCGGCACCUCGUCUGCCGGACUUCCCAAACUUACCGUCCCCAUGUCAUCAGAAAGUCUAUGAUUGGCGAUUGAUUGAUUUUAGCCUCGCAUAUGAGACCGACGUCGGUGAGGAUGCUAUGAUGGACGAGGCCGCGCGAUGUGUGGACAGUGUGUUGGAUGACGUCAAGAUGGACAUCAAGAUGGCGUCCAGAACGUAGUAAGAGACCGUUGAAUUCAUGUUUUCUACACGUCAGCUAUUGGCGUCCAUGUCUUCUCGUAUUCAAGUAGUUUGUGUUUAUAUGUACAUGUACAGUAUGUGGUGGCUGCACGGCACGUAGAAAUGCAGUGUAUCAAUGUCUAGCCUUCAUUGAUC